GCAAAGUGACUUGUAGACAAACACCAUAUUGCACUAAAAACACUCUAAUUAGAAUCGGAAAUAGGCCUACAGUAUAUUUAAGACUUUUCCCUUUUAACAUAAAGCCUAACUGAACAGACAGGCGAACACUUUCUCUCUUGUCUGCUGCAGGAUCACGCAUGGCACAACCUGCCCUUUUCUGACGCUCUUGGACUCGUAUUGUGAGACCACAUCAGCCUGUUCAGCCCUGGGCGCUGCAACACCUCAGUGAGCUCUCCACAGUUACGCGCACCGGGCAGAAGAUUGCAUAUCACACAAAUUACGACGGACAUUGCACUUGGAUUUUUUUGUUCAUUUAAAAUGCAAAAAAAAUCUUAUAGAAAUUUUCUUUCUCUUGAAUUUUAACGGGAUACUAAAACAUGACAUUUUUGCGCGGAUGCCAGCUGAGAAGUAAUUUUUGAGCCACAAACGGAAAACAUCCAAGUUGAUCAUAUGGAGAACAGCACUUUAUUACCAUUUGACAACCAGACUCUUCCGAUAUGGACUGAUUACAGUGUCGAUUACAAAGUCGUAAGCAUAUUAUCAGUGAUGCUUAUUUGUGGGAUUGGAAUUGUUGGCAAUGUCAUGGUCAUUCUGGUUGUAUUAACCACAAAGCACAUGCGUACCCCGACUAACUGCUACUUGGUGAGCCUGGCGGUCGCCGACCUCAUGGUCCUAACAGCAGCGGGGCUGCCCAACAUCACAGAGAGUCUUUUCGGCCAGUGGGUGUACGGAUACGCCGGCUGUCUCUCCAUCACUUACUUUCAGUACCUGGGCAUCAACGCGUCCUCAUGCUCCAUCACAGCCUUCACCAUCGAACGCUACAUCGCAAUAUGUCACCCGAUUAAAGCACAGUUCCUGUGCACGCUCUCCAGAGCCAAAAAGAUCAUCGUUUUCGUUUGGGUUUUCACGUCCCUCUAUUGCGUUAUGUGGUUUUAUCUUUCCGACACUAAAGAGAUAGUUUAUGAGAACGUCAUCCUAACCUCGUGCGCCUACAAAGUGUCGCGAAACAUGUAUUUACCGAUAUAUUUUACCGAUUUCGCACUGUUCUACGUUGUCCCGCUUUUGCUGGCUACUGUUUUAUAUGGUUUGAUCGCGAGAAUUCUGAUUCUCAAUCCACUCCCAUCGGAUCCCAUGGAAAGUCGAAGGAAUUGGAAAAAGGAGUCGUCUUUAGGGAAUAAAUCAGUGAACUCAAAGAGCUCUUCCAGCACAACAGCAGCUUCUCGGAGGCAGGUGACAAAGAUGCUGGCAGUGGUGGUGAUCCUGUUUGCUCUGCUGUGGAUGCCCUAUCGGACUCUGGUGGUGGUCAACUCCUUCCUGAAGGAGGCCUAUCUGGACACCUGGUUCCUUCUCUUUUGCCGUCUCUGCAUAUACAUGAACAGUGCCAUCAACCCUAUAAUCUACAACGCCAUGUCCCAGAAGUUUCGUGCCGCCUUUCAAAAACUGUGCCAUUGUGGGCCCCAGCGCUCUGAGAAGCCCCCAACGUACAGCGUGGCCCUCACAUACAGUGUCAUAAAGGAGACCUCCAAUGGCGAAAGCCCAGACCACUACACCACAGAACUAGAUGACAUCCGUGAAGCGGCCGAAGAGCUCCUGCCUGGAAGGAAGAGGUUGUCGUUUAAAGAGUCCUCAUUAGUUAGUAAGGACAACGUGGCUAAUGCUUAAAUCUAUGUUGGUAUGUUUGGUGAAGCAGGAGGACUUCAGCUUAAUUUGCAGUGUCAAUAGUUUCACAGUGUAAACUGGUCCUACUAGGGUGUCAUAUUAUAUGCCACCUAAGCAUUGCACUGCACACAAAUCUGAUUUGUUUUUUAAAUCUAAUCUUUAAAACUACCGUUCACACUAUCAUUUUGUAAUUGAUGAAAUAUGAUGUGGUUCAGAUGGUGUAGUGAGUGUCUGGGGUAUCUACAUUGGUUACCAUAGUAACGAUUUAAGCAUCAAUACAAAACCGAGACCGUUAACACUGGCGGUAACAGCGGAUGGAAACUGAUAAUUUUGUCUCUGUGAGUCUGUGUAUAGGUUCAUCAUGACAUCACAAGUGUGGUGCUAAACUUUACAAAGCACAAACAAGAAGCAUACAUUGGAUCCAUUAUUAAUACACUCCUAAAAAUAAAGGUUUCAAAAGGAGCCAUUUUUGGUUCUUCAAAAACCUUUACGGUUAAAGGAUCCCAAGUGAUAGAUUUAAAAGCUUUCUUACAUUUUUAUAAUCUAUAAAACCGGUUUUUAUAGAUAUUCAAAGGGUUCUUUAUGGAACCAUACACUGUAAAAAAAAAAAUUCUGUAGAAAUUACAGUAUUACUGGGUAUUACUGGCAACUAGCUGCCAGCAACUUACUGUAGAUUUUACAUUUAUAUUAUUUACUGGCAAAAGUUUGUUCAAAGUUAAAUAAACAUGAAACAUUUUCAGUCUUUAUCUUCUACAGUAAGUUACUGGCAACCAGCUGCAUAUUUACAGCAAAUUUUUUAGUGUACAUCCAAAAAUGUUUCUUCUAUGGCAUUGUUUAUCACCUUAAUUUUUAAGAGUGUACUGAAUGUCACAACAUUCAUUAUACUGUACUUAUAUAUGUAUAUGUUGUAUGUGCUGGGACAGAGCUUCAGUUAAUAUUAUGCAUUCAGCUUGAUGUUUACACAUUUCAAAGAAACCACAUACUGUACGAAAGGCUUGUUCAGAUUUUUGCUACCUGUCUCUGCAAAGCCAUUUGUAAUAGUAUAUUGACAAUCAGAUACUUUUAUUAACAAACAAACUGUUAACACAAGUCUAUUUAACAUGAUUGGCUGGUUUUAUAGAAAAAUUGAGAUGGCUUUCACACUUUGUGGAUUGUUUCUCAGCUUUUAUUUGUUUUACCUGAAAUGUAAGUUUUUAAAAAAAUACAAAUUUACCCAAAUAAUAUAAGCUGCAGAUUGUCUGGCCAUAACAUUACAUAACAUUUAUGCAUAAAGCACUUCAACAUACAGUGGCGGCUCGUGACUGCUCAUCCGAGGGGCGCUAAUUCAAAAUAAGUGUUCGGAGUGUCAUCUGUGUUGUUUGCGUUUUCAAAAUAUGUGUUCGUUGCGUCAUGUAAACCAUGUGCAUCACGUGUUUUGUCAAAAUAAGUGCCUGCUGCACACGCGUCAAAACCGUUUAUGAUAAAAGAGACGCUCACGUUCACAAAAUACACGCAAGACGCUCCCUUAACAGUACUGUUUACGCAUAAGAUUAUGCGAGUAUCUGGCAAACGCGAGCGUUUCUUUUGUCAUAAACCCUUUAGACGCAUCUGCAGCAGGCACGUAAUGCACACAGGAUCUCUCGACGCGCAGAACACAUAUUUUGAAAAAAGGAACCACACACAUGACGGGCUACAUACAUGUUGUGACGAACUUCACAUCGAGCGGCCACAAAAAAAGAAGUCACCGGCCGCCACUGUCAACAUAUAUAUUUUUUAUACAAAACUAAAGGGUUUGUGAUAAAAGAGACGUUUGUGUUUGCCAGACACUCGCAUAAUCUCAUGCGUAACAGAGUUUACUGUUAAGGGAGUGUCUUACGUGUAUUUUGUGAAAGUGAGCGUCUCUUUUAUCAUAAACGGUUUUGACGCGUGUGUAGCAGGCACUUAUUUUGACAAAACACAUGAUGAACACAGGAUCUCUUGACGCGCACAUAUUUUGAAAAAAGGAACCACACACAUGACACUCCGAACACUUAUUUUGAAUUAGCGCCCCUCGGAUGAGCAGUCACAAGCUGUCACUGUUGGUUUCACAGACAAGGCUUAGUUAAAGUCAGGACUAGGCCUUACAGUAGUUAAACAAAGGAAGAUAUUUUGAGAAAUGUUUGUAACCAAACCAUUUGUGGACCCCAUUUAAUUCCAUAGUAGGAAAAAGAAUACUAUGGAAGUAAAUAUGGUCCAUUCGCAAAAUAUCUUUCUUUGUGUUCAUAAGAACAAAGAAAUGUAUACAGGUUUGUAACAAAAUGAGAGUGAAUAAAAGAUUUUUGGGUGAACUAUCCUUUUAAGCAUCUUUUAUAAACAUGCCUUAGAAAAAAAAAACAUUACUGGUGUGUAUCUUGAUACAAAUCAAUGGCACUGAGUUCUGUCAGGGCAAGUUAUUUUCAGUUGAGGCAGCUCAAACAUGUGUUUUAGUCUAAGAGUAGCCUUGAGCCUUGUUUGUGAAACCGGGGGUAUGUGUUUUAGAUGUUUUCCAGAUUGCAAUGGGCUGGAUUGCACCUGAGUUGUCGACCUCAGAGCAGAUCCAGUUGAUAUAUUGCUAUCUAGGUCGUUACUGAUUAAAUUUUAAUUUACACAAAAAAUGUCAAAAAAGGACAAACUUGGCUGGCUGGGUUGUACUUUCUUUUUUUUCAUUAGUUUCAACCCAAAAUGAUUUGUUGUUUAAAUCUAUUGCUGGGUCAAAUAUGAAAUUUUCUAGGUUAAUUUAACCCAGCAAUUGGGUUUGUCCAUUUUUGACCCAACCCUGUGUUAUAAAUAAUCCAGCAUUUUUUAGAGUGUAAAAAAUUUAAUAGAAAGUAAUUUACUUAUAAUUUGGUUUCUGUAAAUACCUUUAUGCUGUAAAUAGUGGUGAUCCUGUAGUUUUUAAUAGGUUACUAUAAAGUAAACAUGGCUUUUGAUAUAGCAUUUUUAACCAAAAUAAUUUCUUUUUUUCAUCAUCAGUCGUGAUGCAUGAACAGUAAGAAAAAAAAUUUACAGCUGUUGUGAUGUGAGCAAAAAAAUGGAGAGUACACGUAUCAGUAAAUCAAUUAUGUUAAUGUUUCAAUACUGUUUCCUGCCGUUUCAAACCAUGUUUUGUAUUUGUAUUUUGUACAGUUGUUGGCUAAAAAUAAAGUGGUAGAAGAUG